AUGUACUCAAUUGAAUGGCAAAAGAGAGGCUUACCACACGCUCACAUUUUGAUUUGGUUGAAGCAAAAAAUUAUACCUACACAAAUUGAUAGCGUUAUAUCAGCCGAGCUUCCAAAUCAAGCCGAAGAUCCCAUUCUUUUUGAAAUAAUCAAGAAAAAUAUGAUUCAUGGGCCAUGCGGUACUUUUAAUCCUAAUUCACCAUGUAUGCAAAACGGCAAAUGCACAAAGCGAUAUCCACGUGAGUUGAUUACUGAAACUCAAACUGGAUGUGAUGGAUAUCCUCUGUAUAGGCGAAGAAAUCCCACUAAUUGUGGAUACACAACUACUAUUAAGAUGCGAAGUGUAGAUAUCGACAUAGACAAUAGAUGGAUCGUGCCAUACUCGCCACUACUUUCAAAAAUGUUUAAUGCUCACAUCAAUGUUGAGUAUUGUAAUUCGGUAAAGUCCAUAAAAUAUAUUUGUAAAUAUGUUAACAAGGGCUGUGACAUGGCAGUAUUCGGAUUAGCAAAUCGAGGUGAUGAGAUCACGCAAUAUCAAACAGGGCGCUACAUCAGCAGUAACGAAGCAGUAUGGCGGAUAUUUGCAUUCAAUAUUCAUGAACGAUAUCCAACGGUUCAACAUCUCGCUGUUCAUUUGGAAAAUGGUCAGCGGGUUUACUUCACCGAAGAAAAUGUGCAAAAUAGAGCAGAGCAACCACAAAACACAACACUCACUGCUUUUUUCGAAUUGUGUACAUCCGAAAAUUUUGCUAAAACGUUGCUGUAUCAAGAUGUGCCCAAAUAUUAUACUUGGAACACAUCGACAAAAAAGUUCAACAGAAGAAAAAGAGGUGCAAUUGUUCCAGAGCAUCCUGGUAUAUAUUCGUCCGAUGCAUUGGGACGUGUGUAUACUGUUCAUCCAAAUAACGCCGAGUGCUAUUAUUUGCGGUUGUUGCUGCAUACAAUCAAAGGGCCGACAUCAUUCCUUGCAUUGAAAACCAUCGACGGAGUAGAAUGCCAAACGUACAGAGAAGCGUGCUUUAAACUGGGCUUACUUGAGAAUGAUCAGAAUUGGAACACAACUCUGACCGAAGCAUCACUCACGUGCCAUCCAAAGCAAAUACGAACUUUGUUUGCGAUAAUUUUAACAACAUGCGCACCAUCAAAUCCUCGACAACAGUGGGAAAUGCAUCGUGAAAGCUUCAGUGAAGAUAUUCUAAGACAAGCACGUGCAAGCGAUCCAAGUCAGAAAUAUUCGGAUGACAUUUUCAAUGAAGCUUUAAUAUUAAUGGAUGACUUAUGCAUGUCAAUCAACAACAAAGCUCUUUGUCAACUCGGUAUGCCAGCACCGACACGAGAUAGAAAUGCUGUACAAGACAGAGACUUGAUGCGAGAACUGCAGUUUGAUGCAAAUCAGCUUGAACGAUUUGUGCAAACGCAAAAAGAGUCUUUAGUUGCUGAUCAGAAAAAAGCUUAUGACAAAAUCAUGCAACGUGUAACCAAAGGAUAUGGCGGAAUUAUCUUCCUAGAUGCUCCAGGAGGUACCGGGAAAACUUUCCUCAUCAAUUUAAUAUUGGCGUCAGUUCGAAUGCGAAAUGGGAUUGCAGUAGCAGUAGCAUCAUCGGGGAUUGCAUCAACACUACUUGAUGGAGGACGUACAGCGCAUUCAGCACUUAAGCUUCCAUUGAAUUUGCACCAGACCGAAACACCUACAUGCAACAUCAGCAAAAACUCUGGUAUGGCCAUAGUCCUUAAAACGUGCAAAAUUAUAAUUUGGGACGCAUGCACCAUGGCACAUAAGAAAUCGCUCGAAGCACUUGACCGAACUCUGCGAGAUUUUCGUGGAAAAGACCAACCGAUGGGAGGCGCUCUUAUACUUCUUGCAGGUGAUUUUCGUCAAACAUUACCCGUUAUACCACGAUCAACGCCUGCAGACGAGCUGAACGCGUGCUUAAAGGCAUCGCAUCUGUGGAACUAUGUCGAAAAAGUUACGCUCACAACAAAUAUGCGAGUGCAUUUGCUGCAAGAUACGUCUGCCCAAAUAUUUUCAAAGCAACUUUUAGAUAUCGGAAACAGUAAAGUUCAUAUUGAUCGCACAACAAAUGAGAUAUCAUUUCCGUCCAACUUUUGUCAAAUGCAGCAGAGCAUUCAAGACGUCAUCGACAGGGUAUUUCCGAACUUAACGGUCAACUACCGAAAUCCGGAAUGGCUCCGCGAACGUGCAAUUUUAGCUCCGAAGAACGAUGAUGUUAGUAAAUUAAACGGUCAAAUUCAAUUGAAAAUUCUAGGAGAAGCGGUCGAAUAUAAAUCGAUUGAUACAGUAAUGGACAAAGAUCAAGCUGUUAAUUACCCAACUGAAUUUCUUAAUUCUUUGGAGCCACCUGGAAUGCCUCCUCAUUCGUUGGCGUUAAAAGUUGGAUCACCAGUGAUGCUUAUUCGGAACUUGAACGCGCCGAAACUGUGCAACGGAACCAGAGUGAUAAUAAAAAAUUAA